AUCAGCAUUCGACAGUUUUGACAAAAAAAAAGAAAAAGAAGAAAAAAAAGCAUUCUCCAGCUCCAAACAACGACAAUGGCUCUCUUUUCGACCACCAACAACAUCCUCUCUCUUCGCUCCUCAAUCCUCAUGAACCCUAGAUUCCUUCCAAUCAACCACCACUGUAAUCCUCCUCUCCGCCUCUCUGUUCCCCAUAAACCCACCUUCAAUCUCUCCCACAGAAACCCUAAAACCAUUGUCUCCGCCGCCGUCACACUCUCCACCGAUCCCUCUCCUCGAUUCCCCUUCUCCGACUCAACCAAAUCAAUCACAACCCUCGCGAUUCUCGCCGGAAUCGUAACGAAAUCCCUAAUUCACAAACUCUCCGCCGCCUUCGUAACCUUAUCCCCGCAGUUCCAGGCAUCUCUCCGAAUCUCCGGUCCGCUGUUCUUCGCGGCGGUUCGCGACCGUCCCGCCGGGUAUCUCAACACGCCGUUGACGGUUGUUGCGGCGGGUUUGUCCAAGUGGCUUGAUAUCUACAGUGGUGUACUGAUGGUUAGAGUUUUGCUCAGUUGGUUCCCCAACAUUCCUUGGGAUCGUCAGCCUCUCUCCGCCAUUAGAGAUCUUUGUGAUCCUUAUCUGAAUCUCUUCAGGAACAUUAUCCCUCCUGUCUUUGAUACCCUUGAUGUUAGCCCUUUGCUUGCUUUUGCUGUUUUGGGUACUUUGGGUUCCAUUCUCAACAAUAGCAGAUGAUAAGCUGGCGGAUUAUUACGAAUGGAUCUUAUGAGGUUGUUAUUUUCUUGUUUUCACUAUGUAGUGACAGUACUAUAUUGUUGUUGUUUUCAAUAAAAUAAUAUUGGAGACCUUGUUUGUGCUGAGAAUUAGAUCGAUAUACAAAAGCUAUUGGUUUUUA